AUGAUUCUCCAAGUAAAUCUCGACUCUUCUCAGACUGUUGUAGGCGAAUCAGCACCUACUGCAUCUGUCCACGACCCCGAGCCAUCUCGCUAUCAAGUCUUUCACAUAGAACAUUCCCCAAACGUUCACAAAAUCUUUAUUCCAACUAGUUUCCCUCGACCAGCCGGCUAUCUGUACUCCGUCACAGACGCCUCUCUCCAAGACCAUCCCCAAACCGCACUGCCUGUCACUGCCGACAUCCUCAAUUCCCCAGAACACAUGGGUGAUAUUCACCAGAGUCGAUUCGUUGGAUUCAUCGCAUCUCAGGAUCUCGAUCGUAUGAGAACCAUGAUCAAAGACCAUUCGAGGCCGCUCAGCCCUGACGAUUAUGCCUCUCUCCCCGAUUAUGUAACCCACUGUGAAGUUUGGGUCCGUGUCGUUGUUGAAAUGCUUCUUGAUGAUGGUAUUCUCGAAGCGCCUCCUCCAGAACCUGCGACUACGGGUGGGCAUAGGCUUCCCAGACAUCACCACACAGCCCAUUGCAUUCACCAGCGACUUCACUCCCACCAUCCUUACAGGCGUCGGGCUCGCCAGUCUGUCGAUCGGGGCCAUUGA